AGAAAAAACGUCCACGACAUCUGCGAGGAUGAGUUCGUCCAUCUCUACUGUGGCGACACUAUCUUUGUUGUCUAUCGUGAGAUUAUCACUACAGGAUCCAUGUACUUCGAUGCCUGUCUCUUCGGCUUCUUCAAGGAGUCUACCACUCAAGAGAUCGUCCUCGACGACAUUGAGCCCAAGGCUCUCGAGUUAUACCUUCAACUUACUCACGGCUGGUACUUUGAGAUAAAGUCUUUCGGUACUAAGGUCGUCCCCUUCUCUCUGUUCGAUGACCUCAUAAACGCCAACGAUCCCGUGGCCUUCAAGAGGGCCCACCUGGAGAUCCCUAAGAUUAAGCUCAAGAUGAUGGCCCAGAUGUGCAUUCUUUGCGAUCGUUUCAUUCACCGCUCACUUCUCUGUAUCGUCAGGCACAUGUUCCUGACCUUGCUGGCACGUACCAAAAAGAACUGGACCACUCUUAAGUACGAGGAUUCUGACUGGAACACGGUUCACCAUGUCGACUUCAUGCUCGACUACAUGGCUGCCUUCGAUAUCUUCUCCACCGGCCACGACGAUGAGCACCUCAUCAGGGACGCCAUCUCGGAGAGCUUCUACUGGUUCACCAGACACACCCCGUCUCUCAUCAAGCACUUCUGGGACAUCAUGAGCCCGACGUUCAUCUCCGAGUGGGACGUCUCUCGCCACAUUGUCUGGGAUUCUGAGAGCGAGAUCAUCGUCGGCCGCGAACACGUCAGAUUCGACCACGCCAAGAAGCUGUUCAUCACUGAUCAGCUCAUCUUCGAGAACUCGACCAAGCGCCAGAAGAACAUCAGAAAUGACCGUGUCGACCACAUGUGCUCGAUCGAAGACCGUAUCAAGCUUUUCCCUUUCGUUGAGGACCAGGAGCUCAACGCCAGCCGCAUCGCUCGUCUCCGCGCCCUCGUCGAGAAAGUCCAGCGCAAGGGCUCCACUCCGUACCGUACCUUCAUUCCUGGCGCCACGGUUCACCUGGUUACUAGCCAGAAUAACCCCGGUCAGCGCACUACUUCCAAGAAGCAGGCCAAGAACAAGGCUUACCAUGCGGGAGGUGGCAAUUAUGGAGGAGGCCGUGACCGCGACAACGUCGUCGAGAGUCAACGCAACCAGAAGGUUGGUCCCCGUCAGACUGAGCUUCCCCAAGCCCAGCGUGGGGAUGGCAUCCCUGAUGCCAGUCCGAAGAACACUCACAAUCAUCUCGGCAGUAGUGGCCUAGCUCAUCGUCAAGCUCUUGGCGGCGGUCAUCGUGGCAAGAAUCGCGGUCAAGGUCACGUUCAAGGCCAUGAUUCUCAAGGCCAACUUGAAGUUCAGGUCCAGGGCCAGGCUCAAGGCAAGGCUCAAGUUCGUGGCGGCGGUCAAGACCAUACUCAGGUUCUUGUUCCAGAUCAAGCCUACGGUCAGGUCCACGGUCACGCUCAAGGCCAGGCUCAGGACCAUGCUCGGGAUCAAGCUCAAGGCCAUUCUCAAGACCGUGCUCAGGGCCAGGCCCAGGGUCGCGCUGAAGGUGGUGGCGGAAGUGGUGGCAAGGGUCGUGGCCGCAAGGGACAUCGCGCCCGCAGGACUCAGGACAACUCUUGAAAAGUGGCCUAUUCUCAAGAAGUUGCUCGCCGCUCACGAGUGUAUCGCCAGCUUCCGUUCUCAUCAAGCUUUCCUAAGGUAUGGUAAAGGCUCUCAAAGUGAGCACUACCCCGAGGUAUAGGGGACAAUUUUGUGGUUUUAAGGUUUCAAGGUUUCAACUAUUCUGUAAGGUUCGGGACAAACAAAAGUUUUGUGUUUUCUUUGGAAUGGGCUCGAGGCUCCAGCUCUCAUGAUGACUUGGUAUGAGCAACGACUUUCUUUUAUCCAGGCUGUCCCAGGAGAAUCCGAGGCGUGGACCGUUCGAGGUGAUGGC